ACACACUGCGCAGGAAGUAAGUGAGAUUUGAUAUUAAAGUUGAAGUGAGCAUCUUUACUGGUCUGAUUUAAUGGUUGGGAACCUAACCGACAAGAGGGAAACCGAAUUACCUAAGCAGAUCUAGGGUGGGGCCACGCCAUGAAACCACGCGCACGUACACGCACCCACGCGCGGUGUAACAGGUGGCAACAUACGGACAUUUGCAGAAAUUCUGCCAACUUUCUUCGGGAACUGGAGGCGGAAAUUAAGCUGCCGUCGACUCCCCUGAGACACUGCGCGUCAAGACACCCGUGGAGACACCCUUCCGACUAUCAGGAUCCAGGCAACUGACCUCUUCAACAGUUUCCAGUCAGAGAAGUUAGUGAUCAGUGGCUGCAGAGCGGACAGCAAGGGUAGCCCUUUCGGCCACUGCCUGUCUGCAAGCUGAGGAGGUGCUUGAUCUACUAGAACCAGACCACCAAACCAUGGCCAACUUUGGUGGACACGCCAUCCCCGGCUCUUUCUUCUUGCUUUUUGGAUUUUGGCUGACAGUGAAACACACUCUCCAGCACCACUGGAGGAAGACUCAUCCCAAAGGCAGAGACAUUGUGCCUCCAUUCUCUAAACGGAUGGACUGCAUCGAAGGAGGAUUGCAAAUCUUUGCUUCAUUUGUUGGCAUCAUGGUGGAGCAGUUUGUGGUGGACGGCCCACACGCUCGCCUUUACGACACGCAUAACAAUUCGUGGGUGAAGCUGAUGAACUGGCAGCACAGCACCAUGUAUCUCUUCUAUGGCAUCUCUGGAAUAGCUCUGGUCGUGAGCACAGUGUCAAAACUGGUACCGGUCGGUGUGGACCGCUUUGCUCUCUCCUUGGCGCUGUUUGUAGAAGGCUUUCUGUUCUAUUACCACGUGCACAGUCGCCCCCCGCUGGACGCUCACAUCCACUCCCUGCUCCUGGUGGCGGUUUUCAGUGGGUCAGCCAGCACCAUGGCGGAGGUGUUCAUGAGAGACCACAUUAUUUUGGAGCUGUUCAGAGCCUGCUUAUUCAUCCUUCAGGGCACCUGGUUCUACCAGAUUGGCUUUGUACUGUUCCCACCAAGCGGGCCGCAGUGGGAUCUGACUUUGCAUAGCAACAUCAUGUUCGUCACUAUGUGCUUCUGCUGGCAUUUGGCGCUGGCCUUGCUCGUCGUCGCCUGCACUGUCGCUGGAGUGUGGUUCACCAUGAGGAGAUUCUCCAGAAGAGAUCGAGACAUCGAGAUAGUAUUGCGAAAGACAUCCCCCACCGCAAGUUCUGAGAAAGCUCUACUUGAAGAGUCAGAGGAAGAAUAGUGGCUGAAUUUUUUUUUUUUUAGUUUUGUUAAUUGUUUUCACAGCUAACUAAAAUGUGAUUGACACAAAAAAGCCUUCUUAUCUUAUUAUAAUCCAAAACACUAAACAUACACAUUACAUGGGGAAAAGAUGUGAGCU